AUGCAGCAACUGCGUCACGUCUGCGCCGACAAGGAGUGCGUGGCCACCCUGGCGUCGUGGCUGGCAGAGCUGCUGGCGGAGCGGGGGGGCGUGAACGAGGGGCUGCUGGUGGCGCUGCUGGCGCAGCUGGCGCGCAUGCCGCUCAAGGCGACCGUGCUCAAGCAGACCGGGCUCGGCGCUCUGGUGCGCUCCAAAGCGGCGGAGCACCGGGGAAAGGAGGUGCGGCGGUUCGCAGCUGAGGCCUUGAAGGCCUGGGAGGGCCCCACAGGCGUCGGCGGCGCCGCCGCAGGCGCCGGCGGCGGCGGCAGCGGUGGCGGUGGGGGCGCGCCCAAGCCGCGGAGGCCGCCGGGGGUGUCGGCGCUGCUGGGCAGCCUCGGGGCGGCGCCGGCGGCAGCGUCGGCGACGGGGGCUGGCGCGGGCGCGGGGGCGGGCGCGGCGGCAAAGCCCGUGCCGGGGGCGGCGGCCAGGGGCGGGGCGGCGGCUUACAUGGCGCCAGUCGCGCCUGCGGCAAGCGGCGGAGGAGCAGCAGCGGCCCCAGCUGCGGCGCCGCCGUUGGCGCCACCGCCAAAAGCACCCAAGGCAGCGACGGUUGCGGCGGCGGCGGCGGCGGCUGCAGCGGCGGGCUCGGCAGUCGGCGGGGCGGCCAAGGUGGUGGAUCUGGAUCUGCUUGACCCCUCGAAAGCCGCCGAGAUUCGCCAGAAGCAGGAGGAGCGGCGGGCGGCGGAGGCCAGGAUCGCGGAGGCGGCGGCUAGAAUGGAAGUCCUGGAGGCGCGGGCGCCCUCUGCGCUGCCGACAAUCGGGUCAUUCAAGUUCCGGCCCCACAAUCAGAAAGACGGCCCCGCGAAUGGCGCGGCGGCCGGCAGCGGCGGCAGCGGCGGCGGGGAUCGCGAGCGUUCAAAGUCGCGCGAGAGGCCCGCGGCGGCGGCAGCGGCGGCGGCGGGCGCAACGCAGGGGCGGCAGCACGGCGAGCGGGAAGGGGGCGGCGGCGGCGGCGGCGGCGGCGGCGGCGGGGCGGCGGAGCGCGCUAAGGGGGAGCUGCGGGCUUUCGUGCAGGGCGACAUGCUGUGUGUGAUGCCCUCAUGGGCGGGCGGUGGCUGCCGCUACUCGGCUCUGGCGGGUGCGCCGUACAUCCUGCGGAAGGUGGUGGACAAGGUGAUGGGUGCCCACGAGGCUCUGCCAGAGGAGGGGGGCGAGGCCUUCAUGAGCGCCAAAAGAAAGGCCAAGGUGGCGGCGCUUGUGGCGGACUACGCCAAAUUGCAGCGCAGCAAGCCCAAGUAG